AGGUGGAUAGCUGCUUGUCGUUUAAGCAGUUUAAAUGUCACAAGACAUACAAGAAUUUGUUCAGCACACUUCGAAGGUGGUUUAGGACCCUCAAAGCUUAAUCCUGUCCCAACAAUUUUCAGUUUCCGACUCAUUUGCAGCCCAAAACCCGGACGGAAGCGAACAGAUCCAGAGGAAAGGAGACGAGGAGCUUUGAGCUGCAUACAAAACAAAACCAAGACUGCACCAAGGAGACAAGCAGGUAAAACUGAAAAAAAAACAAGGAAAACCCGGAACCAUUGGGCCUGUCAUCACAACUGCAGGAAACUGCGUGCUCGAGCGACAUGGAUUUUAUUUUUUUCUGAAGAGUGUGAGAUUAAAACUGAACAGACACCUGAUCCAAGAUCCCUUGCAGACAAGUGUAUCCAAACCGACCUUACCUGUGAAGAUAUCGACUGCAUGGAAGCAGCCAAAGCUAAACUGGAAAAUAAACCAGAACUGAAGAGAGAAAUGUUUAUAGACGGCGUCCUAAAAAAGCAACAAGUCCGUGUGUUUCUACACUGGAUUGCCCUCCUAUGCCUGUCUUAUGAUGUUGUUUCCCUUUCUGAAACCAUUUGCAAAUGCAAUGAAAUAUUGGGACAACAAGAAAAAGGGACAGAGGGAAACGUAUCAGGUAUCUUAAUAUUAUUACACAGCAGUCUUGUUAAUAUUUCCUUUCAUUUGUUUUGAUGAACAUUAUGGCAUAAAAUGUUUACACAGCAGUCUUGUUAAUAUUUCCUUUCAUUUGUUUUGAUGAACAUUAUGGCAUAAAAUGUUUCAUGUUUGGUAUAAAUAGCAAUAUAGACCCUAUGCAAAAAUGGGUACCUUUGAAUUUUUUGUUCGUAUUCAAAAUAGCCUCACUAACCUCGAUCGGGAUAACAUAUUCUUUACAAAUUUUGUCUCAAAACGACGUUAGCGAGGCUUUUUUUAAAUAUGAACAAAAUGAUAAUAUAUGCAUAGGGUCUAUAACAUGAUAUAUUAUGUUAUUAUGAUUUCCAACUAUGUGAUAAUUGCCUAAACAUUUUGCUUCAGCAACUCAACUGCACGUUUUUACUUUUAUUACAGGAAGAUGA